AUGGAUAAAGGUAAGAGCGUCAUCAUCAACGUGGACAAGGGCGCGAUUAUUCGCACCGAGGGAGCAGUGAAGUUGGAUAACAAGAAAACGCUGGCGUGGCUGAGCAUUGAGAUUCGCUCCAAAGCUGGCAGCAAGGGCCUGCCAGAAGUUCAGACUUUCGAGAGUGUCCCUUUCACGAGCUUAUAUGAGGCAGAAGAAAGUGUUGCUGAGCAAGCAAUCUGCUAUUUUAUAGGAAGGAUGAAUAUUUGCAUUAAUGAUCUGACUUAUUCUGCUUUCAAGGAAACGUAUAAGCAGCUGGACCACUUCAUGUCUUGGUCCCAGCUUGUUGAGACUAAGUAUGAUACGCUGCGCAUCCAAACGGACAACCUAUUCAAGUCUCGUAAGGAGCUUUUGGACCGCCUUGGAUCCAUCUGCUCAAGCUAUAGUGAUAUCCUUUCUUCAGCGACUCCUCUUACGUCCAUCGGUGCAGAGCCGGUUGCUGGACCAGACCCACGGUAUAUACAACUUGUUGAACAGCUAUUCACCUUGUCUGGAGAACAUCCCUACAUACAUCCCUCUUUGGGAGCUUUUAAAGGAUGA